AUGAACACAACCUUCCAAACCGCCCUAACAACCUUUGAAACCUCCCUCAACGCCCUAAUAACAAGCCUCACAACCUCCCCAACAGCCUCCGGCGCCCCCACCGCAGCGCUAAACCUGCUCUCCGCCGACGACUCGCUCACCACAACAAUCGACACGCUCAAGCAACACCAGGCAAACUACGCACGGAUCCUCGCUCUCCGCGCCGAGGCACAGAGCCUCGAGGAACGCGUCAAGGAUAUUGUCCGACUCGCUGUGCGGUAUGAGGCCGAUGUGAGGCGGGUCUGUGGGGAUGACGAGGACAGCGAGGAGGAGGAUGAAUAUGAUUCGGAGGAGUUGGACGGGGAUGAGGUGCGGGUUGGUGAGAGAUUGGAUGCGGUGCGGGCGAGGAGUAGGCGGAAGGAGGUUGAUUAUAAGCUUCUGCUCGACUUUGCGCGCCGGAUCAGCAAAUAUAACCACGAAGCCGCGGCCGAUGCAGCGGCGGCGGGCGCGACGCGCGCAAGACCAUCGAUUACAGGACCCGGCGCAGGCGGCGGCCAGGAUACAGAAAUGACCGGGAUGGGCGCCAACGGUGCGAGCCCCGACGCUGAACCCGUCGCGGCCGUGACGAAAGACGCGACAUCGUGGCUCGACGAGUCGGCAAACAUGACCCGACAGGCCUACAUGCUCCCGUACCCGAUGGAAGACCGGAUCCGGCUGGGGCUCAUGGGUCAGAUACAGCUUGCGGCGGCGGAGGGUCGGCCCGGGUUUGACGCGGAUAAUGAGGUUGAGAGGCUACUUCGCGAGGCGGAGGGGGUCGGCGUUGCGGAUGUCGUUGUGCCUGCGCAGACUGGGGAGGAGCCGACGCGUGUGAAUGAAGCCGCGAGGGCUGCGGUUCAUGCUGGGUCUGUGGCCGCGGGUAGUGGUGGAAUGGGAGGAGGGGCGGCACCGAAGCCGAAGCCGAAGGCGACGCUGGAUUUGGACUUGUAUGAUCCGGAUGAGGAUGACGACUAG